AUGUUAAAAAAUGUUGUUCGUGCUGCUUCGCCUUUGACUACUACACUAAUACGAAGGGCGGUGCCUGUUAUUCGUACUAACAACGGUGUAGUGAGUAUUACCACUCGAGGAUAUGCAACCACUAAGCCUGCCACAUCUGAAGUUUCCUCCAUUCUGGAACAACGCAUCCUCGGUGCUACUGCUAACGUUGAAGUCCAGGAGACUGGACGUGUCUUGUCAAUCGGAGAUGGUAUCGCCCGUGUUUACGGACUCAAAAAUUGUCAAGCCGAAGAAAUGGUUGAAUUCUCUAGUGGUCUCAAGGCAUUCACUGAUGUUUUACAGUCAGGAUUUGAUUAUUUCUAUAAUAAUAUUUUUAAUAAAUUUGAUUAUGAUUCAAUUCCGCGAAAAAUUGAUGGAUACUUGUAUGAUAUUAAAUAUACCGGCAUGGCUCUCAAUUUAGAACCCGACAAUGUAGGUAUUGUCGUGUUCGGUAACGAUAGAUUAAUCAAAGAAGGUGACACUGUGAAGCGUACAGGACAAAUUGUAGAUGUACCGGUUGGACCUGGUCUAUUAGGUCGUGUCGUUGAUGCUCUUGGUAAUCCCAUCGAUGGCAAGGGGCCAAUCAAAUCAGCAGAACGGCGGCGGGUUCAAGUUAAAGCCCCUGGCAUCUUACCUCGUCGUUCUGUUCACGAACCUAUGCAAACUGGCAUUAAAUCAGUCGAUGCUAUGGUGCCAAUUGGUCGUGGCCAACGUGAAUUGAUUAUCGGUGACCGUCAAACUGGUAAAACUGCAGUUGCUCUUGACACUAUUUUAAACCAAAAAAAGUGGAAUGAUGGUAGUGAAGAAAAUAAGAAAUUAUACUGUGUGUAUGUCGCUAUUGGUCAAAAACGUUCGACUGUAGCUCAAUUGGUUAAAACUCUCGAAGAAAACGACGCAUUGAAAUAUUCCAUUAUUGUCGCUGCUACAGCUUCUGAGGCAGCACCCCUUCAAUAUUUGGCGCCGUUCUCCGGCUGUGCUAUGGGCGAAUGGUUCAGAGACAAUGGCAAACAUUCAUUAAUUAUUUAUGAUGACUUGUCUAAACAAGCCGUUGCUUACCGUCAAAUGUCUUUGUUGCUUCGUCGUCCUCCGGGUCGUGAAGCUUAUCCCGGUGAUGUAUUUUAUCUUCACUCCCGAUUACUUGAACGUGCCGCAAAAUUGAAUCAGAAUUUUGGCGCUGGAUCUAUGACCGCAUUGCCAAUUAUUGAAACUCAAGGUGGUGAUGUGUCCGCUUAUAUUCCCACUAAUGUCAUUUCCAUCACAGACGGUCAAAUUUUCUUGGAAGCUGAGUUAUUCUUCAAAGGUGUACGACCUGCUAUCAACGUCGGUAUAUCUGUAAGCCGUGUGGGCAGUGCGGCUCAAACUAAAGCUAUGAAACAAGUUGCCGGGUCUCUUAAACUUUACUUGGCUCAAUAUCGUGAAGUCGCUGCAGUACGUUUAUUCUUUAUCAUCAUUGCCAUCCAUAAAAUUGUCCAUGUACUUUUUGCACAAUUCGGUUCUGAUUUAGAUGCCUCUACACGUUUCUUGUUGAACCGCGGUGAACGAUUGACAGAACUUUUAAAGCAACCUCAAUAUAAACCACUUCCUACGGAACACCAAGUACCACUAGUAUUUGCAGGUGUUCACGGGUUUUUAGAUAAAUUAGAUAGUAAACGGGUGACAGAAUUUGAAAACUCGUUCAUCCCACAUAUGGUAUCAAACCAUUCUGAUGUGUUGGAUACUAUUAAUAAGGAAGGAGUAAUUUCCGAUGCUACAGACAAAAAAUUACGUGGAAUUUUGACCGAAUUUUUAAAGUCUUUUUAA